CUUCAGAGCAUGAACACACUCCUAUGGGCAGACGAAGAGUUGUGAUUUUGAGACACCAGGGCAACCAUGACUGUGAGGCACACAAUUAAGCAUCUGGCUUACCAUCCAAUGCGUUCUAGAAACAAACAUCUGCAGCAGAAAUGGGACAAGGCUUCAUAUGAAUUACACAGGGAAAAGGUGAGGUCAGCCAAACCAACAAUAAACACAACUCCACAAGAGACCUAUCGUCACCUUGUCAACAAACUGAAGACCAAAAAGCUUAAAGAAGAAAGGACAAUGACGAGGGAAAACAAUAUGCUUGAGGAAACAAUUUCACGCAUCAUGAAGACAACUGGAAGAGUUGACAACAGGAAUUAUUAUGAGCGAAAAAGCCUUGGCAAGGAGAAGCGACAGCUGGAGUUGCUCCGCAUUACCAAGGAGAAUCAAAUGAUACUGCUCCGUCUGAGUCAAUGCAAGUCACACUAUAAUGUGAGGAGCUGGCAUGACGACUGGCUCAAAACUCUCAAGGUGAUGGAUAGCAUAGCACGUUACCCACAGGGAAGGACAAAUCAAAAGGGACAAGAGAAGCGCAGUGAUUGUAAUAAAGAACAAAAGAUCAGCGCGGGUGAGUCGACAAACAGCCCUUCAAGCAAAAAGGCCAAGGGCAAAGCAGAAUCUAAGGAAAAGAGAAAAGAAACCAUAGAAAGAAGACUGACCCUGAACCAAAUCCACCAAAGGAAUCCACCAGAUACAGCUGAGAAUCCUGGUUCCUCUGACACCAAUCAAAUAACAGAUCCAUUGCCUCACACUGCUAAAAUUCUCUCUGCCGAUGGAUCUAAAAUGCCCAGCACUCUUCAAACCUAAAACACUCCAGCAGGAGACUUCAAGUCCUGCAGAGGAAUAAAAUGCCUUCUUCUACAAACUCGUGUUUUUCUGUACAUUCAUUAUUCUCUGUUAAUUCCACUUGAAAUAGUAUGAUAGGUUAUCCCAUCUUAUUGUCAAUGUAUUUUAUUGUAUCUUUAUACAGUCUUGGGCUCUUAUUGCGAACACACAUUUUUACUUCUGAGCUGAACCGUUAUAUGGUCCAAUAUAUUUGAAUGUACUAUUGACCCUGUUAACCUGUGAAUGACUAAUAAAAAGUCUUAUAGUCUUAUCUACAGAGAAACU